AUUUUUUUCUAAAAAUCUGUCCCCAAUCAUCUCUCUCAUCCCAUUCUAAUGAAUAGUCACCCACCUCCCAUUUCUAGCUUCCUCUCUUCACCCCCUUCAAAAUCUCUUUCUAGUCCUCUGUUUAUGAAUACCCUUCACCCAAGGUGUUGUUGAUUUUGCAUACAGAUCUCGAUUUUUUUCUAAUUGAAAGAGUUUCGAGAUGAUGAAUCGCUGUGCAUAUCAACAGCAGAACAACAACAACAUCAACAACAACGCCUUGGUGAGAAGUGAAGAGACGAUGAACGGUGUUGUUUGCCCGAAACCUCGUCGAUUGUAUCUCUUGAAUCCUUCCAUGAAAGAGUCCAUUUCUACCUCAUCUCCUCGAUGGCAGAACCACUAUUCCAUUCAUCAAACGGAGACGCAUGAAUCAAAAUCAAGGAUGGAGCUUCUAGAUAUGAUUUUGACGAAGGAAUGUUAUGGUGCUGAAAAAUCCAACAAUGUGGUAUCAUCAUCACCACCAUUCUUUUGUGGGUCUCCACCUAGCCGGGCGGCAAACCCGGUGGUCCAAGAUGCUCAAUUUGGUAACGAAAACCCAAACCUUCCAUCACCCGCCAUCGAAGCCUCACCAUCUUCCCGUAAAAAUGGCGGAAGUUGUGCCAGAGGAAAAUUUGGACAAAAAUGCCCUGCGGUCAGGGUCGAAGGAUUCAACUGCCGGGGCAUUUCCGCUGUUGCAUAAAAGAUCAAUAAGCACAAAGUGAAUUUUGAUGAGAGAGGGGCAUUUCUGUCUAGUUCAUUUUUUUUUUUUUUUUUUUUGUAUAUGUAGAG